AUGAAGUCUCUCGCCGUUCUUGCAGCACUCAUCGCCGUCAUAUCGGCUGCUGUACUACGCUCGGUGAAUGGUAAUGGAGGUGAUCUGUUCAAACGUCAAGAUAACUGCAGAACCGCUGAUAGCAGUUUUCUGACCAGUGUAGACUUCUGCAACGACAACGACCCCUUCUUCACGAGAUGUUGCGAUGGUCUGAAAUGUGUUGUUGAGAAUGAUCCGUCAAUCGGCAGAACGAAGGUGUGCCGGUAG